CAGUCUCUUGACUUUAAGCCAUGGCAUUAUUCUUACUUUUUCUUUCUUUUCUCAUCUCUGCUAUUUUUCAAACUCAUGGACGACAGUAACCUUUUUUAUUAUCACGCACCUUGUUACACAUUCAACCAAAAGAAUGGCUACUACCUUACUGUAGACGAUCUUUAUUAUCAUAAUGAACGGCAUACUAGUCGAAGCCCUCAUAGUAGCAGCAGCGCUACUACCACUACAAGUGGUGGGGGAAGCCUGGAUACUGUGUCCAUUUACCAAUCAUCUGUAAACCGAGUUCAAUAUCCUCAAAUUGUAAAUCCACGAGCUCAACAACAAACGGCAAACAAGUAUCAGAAAGUAACAAGAAAACCUGUAGCUUCCCAUCCAACAGUACAGAGUAACGACUGUGCUCCAAGACAGCAAUCUGGAUGUCAGCAGCACUUACAACAGCUCAAAAAUAGAAAUUAUGCAGCUGCUGAUACCGUUCAUCCCAACAGGAUCCAUAGGCAAAAAGAACAAACUCAAUCCCCUCCUCCAACCAGUACUACAACAACUACAGUCGCUACUCCUUUUAUGUCUGCUUAUGAGAGAGAAGCAACUAGAAGAAAUCGAUAUCAUUCGACUAUUGUUGCACCAUCCACGAACAAUGACCACAUCCUGUUUGAGUGCAUUGCUCCAACUAUAAUACAGAGGAAAUCGCUUGUGGCAGAAGAGCAAGCAGAGGAACACGACGUUCAAGGCAAAUCCUCGCCCAUAAUACUUAAGGAUAACAGACGUUCUAUUCUAACCACAGCGACUGCUACAACUUACCCGUCCUUGAUUACCGACUCAUCAGCAACUGUCCAAACGAGGGCCAAUACUAACUUUUGGUAUCCACGAAAAACGGAUAUACAUCACCAAUCUUUGUUGCCAUUAAAGGAAAACUUAACCAAAAAAAUUCGAGGAUUACUGCAACCCCAUCGAACUCAUAUUGAAACAAAAGCAUUGAACGAGCAAUAUGAAACGCUUUGUAGAGAUGCUUUGGAAAAAUGUCAAACACCUAUAGCCUCUGACAUUGACGAAAUUAAUCCGUUUGAUGUGAUCUAUCGUCAAGAUACCUACAAUAGUCAACGUAAUGCGAAUAUCCACCAUCAAGAUGAUGUUUUUAUUUCUGUGGAUCAAUAUGCAUCCUCUAUACAGCAGAAAGGACCACUGUUAACUCCAAGUCUCUUGUCCCGGAAAUUCUUAGCGAGACCUUUUCCAAACAAUGACAUAUACAAGUUACGUGCGAUAUUUAUAUGGAUAGUGAAAAAUCUUCGUCCCGAAUACCACCAAAAAAGAUAUGACCUUAAACUGUUACAGAGACAACGGCAAUUACAACUCGAGCGUCAACAGCAGCAAUCCUUACCAGAUUCUCCAAUAGAAGAUAGUAACUACAUUAAAAAGAAGAACAAAUUUAAGCAAAUCUUUUACGGUGAUAACCGCUAUGCUGAUACGAGUAAUGACAGUUUUGAGCAAUUCAGUAGUAAUCAACACCCGAACAAUUCUUUGGCUAUUACGUUGGACGCCAUGCAUCUCUUGGAAGAAGAACAUCUCAGCUUAUUGCCACCAUCGUUCAGUUCAUUGGAAGAAUUGAAGCUUGAAGAAGAAGAGCAAAAAAUGGUAGAUCAAGAACUGAUCAACAGUAGGUUGUGUAAGACAGCUUUUGAAAUGGCGCAUCUCUUUUAUGCAAUGGCUUUAGCAGCAGGUCUACAGGAGGUGCGUGUUAUUUAUGGUUAUUUGAAAGGUUAUUAUUAUUAUAUGAAGGCGUUAGCUUUGUAAAGAGGGUUUGUAAAACCGAGGUACGGACACAACUGUUUUCUAAUUUGUCAAAUCCUUCUAAUAUAUAGGUCCUACAGACACUGUUACGCUGUCAAAGAAGAAGUUAUGGCCAAUCAAUCAUGCAUGGUGUGCAGGUAUAUCUUUUGUGAAAAAGAAGAAGAAU